CAGCAUGCGGUGCCCGCUGCACCAGCUCGUGGCGGCCCUCCUCCUGGCGUCCACGUGUGGGAGCCUCGGCCCACGGGCUCAGCUUGAUGGCGGAGGGGAAGACCCCGCGUCCGAGGACCCCCAGUGGGGGCAGCUGAGGAGCGGAAACCUGAGCAGGCCCCUCCUGCCCGCCGACUUCCACAAGGAGAACACGGUCACCAGCGAGUGGCUCGCGGACGGGGAGGAGGACGAGGACUACCUGGACCUGGAGAAGCUCUUCGGGGAGGAGGACGACGACAUCGACGUGGUGGACGCGGUCUCGCCCGUGGACCUGGCGGCCAGCGCCGGCAGUGUGCUCCAGCUCUUCCCGGGCAAGACCCGCAUCCAGCGGCUCAGCCUGCUCAAUGCCAAGUUCGCCUUUGACCUCUACCGCACGCUGAAGGCGCAGUCCGGCGCCUCGGACAACGUCUUCCUGGCGCCAGUGGGCGUGUCGGCGGCCAUGGCCAUGCUCUCCCUGGGCCUGCGCGGGGACACGCACGAGCAGGUGCACGCGGCCCUGCACUUCGCCGACUUCGUCAACGCCAGCGCCACGUACGAGCUGGGCACCGUCCACAACCUGUUCCGGAAGCUGACCCACCGCCUCUUCCGGAGGAACUUCGGCUACACGCUGCGGUCCGUCAGCGACCUGUACGUCCAGGAGCAAUUUCCGGUCCUGGACAGCUUCAGAGCCAAGGUCCGACAGUACUACUUCGCCGACGUCCGGGCGGCCAACUUCUCCGAUCCUGCCUUCGUCUCCCAAACCAACCAGCGCAUCUCGCGGCUCACCAAGGGCCUCAUAAGAGACGCGCUGGAGGACGUCGACCCCGCGACCCAGAUGAUGCUCCUGAACUGCAUCUACUUUAAAGGGUCCUGGGCGAACAAAUUCCCAGCGGAAAUGACACACAACCACAACUUCCGGCUGAACGAGCGAGAGGUGGUCAAGGUCCCCAUGAUGCAGACCAAGGGGGCCUUCCUGGCGACCAGCGACCAGGAGCUGGACUGCGCCGUGCUGCAGCUGGAGUACGCGGGGGGCGUCAGCAUGCUGGUGGUGGUCCCGCACAAGCUGUCGGGGAUGCAGACCCUCGAGGCCCAGCUGACGCCACAGGUGGUGGAGAGGUGGCAGAGGAGCAUGACCAACAGGACGCGGGAGGUGCUCCUGCCCAAGUUCAAGCUGGAUAAGGACUACGACCUGGUGGCGGCCCUGCGGUCCCUGGGGGUCACGGCACUGUUCAACAGCAACAGCAACACGACAGGAAUCUCGGACCAGAGGAUCGUCGUCGACCUGUUCAAGCACCAAGGCACCAUCACAGUGGAUGAGGAGGGCACACAGGCCGCGGCCGUGACCACCGUGGGGUUCAUGCCGCUGUCCACCCAGGUCCGCUUCAGCGUCGACCGGCCCUUCCUGUUCCUCAUCUACGAGCACCGCACGGGCUGCCUGCUCUUCCUGGGCCGGGUCGCCAACCCCUCCAGGUCUUAGCGGCGGACACCGGGGCGUCUCGAGUGCUCUGGGGCUUCUGCGAUUCCGUUUCCCUUCCAACAACGACCACAGGGCACUGGCGCUGUGACCCCUGGCUCAAGCCACCUCUCUGGGAGGCGCAUACAAAGAAGAGGGACGCUCGCCGCCAUCGGGCCUGCACAGCCAGAGGCCACCGCAGCGGCAGCGCCCGGCUGUCACCUAGAGGGUGUUGGCUCCGGACAGACCAGCUCCCUCCACCUCUCACAGCAAACCCCUCCCCAGGCCCGGCAGCACCGCCCCCCCUCC